AUGGCUGAUCCUUUUCUAUAUAAUACUGGAGACAGAUCUCACUAUGGAUGCCUUGGACAUGAAGUACAAAUUGAGUACCUUAAGGCAUAUGUUUGUAGACCAUCUUUUUCCACGGACAAAGCUGUGAUUGUAGUUCAUGAUGUAUUUGGAUGGAGGUUCCCAGAUAUUAGAUACAUAGUCGAUUUGAUUGCGGGUCAUGGAUAUAUAGCCAUCUGCCCAGAUUUCUUCAAGGGAACAGAACCCUGGAAAUCUACUGAUCACUGGGGUGACUUUGCUGACUGGAUGAAACAUCAUGAUCCUAUGAAAGUAGACAAGGAAGCUGAUGUUGUCUUGAAGUAUCUAAAGGAACAAUGCGGUGCAAAGAAGAUUGGUAUCGUUGGGUUUUCCUGGGGUGGAAUGGCAGUACAUCACUUGAUGCUGAAAAAUCCUCAAUUAACCGCUGGGGUGUCCCUCUAUGGAAUAAUUAGAGAUUCUGAAGAAAGAUACAAUUUACUAAAUCCAACGUUUUUCAUUUUUGGUGAAAAAGACCACACCAUUUCUUUGGAUCAGAUCUUCUUAUUGGAGGAGAAGUUGAAACAGUAUUGUAAAGUUUCAUAUAAAAUUAAAGUUUAUCCUGGACAAGUUCAUGGGUUUGCACAACUGAAGCCAGAAGAUAUGAAACCUGAUGAUAAACCUUAUAUUGAAGAAGCUAGAAAGGAUAUGUUUGAUUGGAUCAAAAUGUUUGUUUGACAAUAGCAGAAGGGAUUGUUAGGCUUCAAGAUCAGUGACUGAUUUAAUUGAGAGAGGAAAACAGUCAAGGAAAAAAUACAUUGAAAG